AUGAGAAGACAUACUCUCCGCUUCCUACGCGCUGUCUUCCUGUGCUGUGAGAAGAUUCCAUACAUAGCACACCCGGAACUUGCUCUACCAUGGACGGAUUUAGAGCAGCACGGACCCACUUGGAUGAGAUGACGUAUAUUGCUGCUGGUUAAAUGGCCAGAGCCCCCCUGGCGACAACACUUCAACGUUCCGUUUGAUGAACCACAUCGUGGAGAAUCAUGUGCACCCAGAACUGGAACCAGUAUACUUGUGGGCACAUCAUCUUUCACGACUGGAGCGAAUGCGACGAACACGGGCUCGACAACUGCUCGAACUUAGCGAAUCACACGGCUCUCAAAGAAGUCAAGUGCCCGGAGUGCUGCUACGCUACACCGCCCGACUCGGACGGGUGACUACGCAGCCCGGCUUGUCUCAACGUGCCGAAACACACUCUCCUUCAUUGUAAGUCGUGGCUUCUACUGACUUGAUGCCUAAGAAGUAGGACUGACAGCCUGACUGCCUCGCCUCCGUUGCCUCUUCGUCAUCAACUAUCAUGGCGAAACGAAUCGUGGUGAAGUGCCAGUCGCAAUUGAUUCCCGGCAAACCGGCAGAACGGAAAAAGACCAUGGCGAGUCUUAUAUGCAAGCAUGAAUGGGGUCGGGACUUCGACGACAAGCAAGACUAUUUUACUUCUCUAGGGCUAUACGAUGCCGACAACGUCAAAUGCUACUUCCUCCUGGAUAAUGGGGUAGUAGUUGAAGGGGAGGCCCCCGAGUUUAGGGUCUACAGUUGGGAUGGGACUACGUUAGCCCCCAAAGUAGUAUAUCAGGCCCUUGUUCAAUACCUUGAACACAUUCCAUUCGGAAGAAAGUCUGCGACCGCCAGCCUAUCUGAUGAUGAGUACCUUGCUUUGUACGGGAAAGUGGAACUCGACCGCUUGAUUUCACAGAGGAACGAGCAACAACAGAGACGACGUCGGUCGACAGGAGAGGGGCAGAAGACAGCACGUCACAGCGACUCGGUCACGUGACUACACACCGACAAAUAGUGACAGCAUUGCUUAGGUUUCUACGUUGAGAGCAGAGUGGCUGGACCUGCUGGACGGGGAGCCACCGUUGCUAUGCGUGCAGAGAAUACCACUCGGAUGAAUGCUUCACAAGCUGUCCUGGGUCGACCGGAGCAAGCGCCAAUAUGCAGCCAAACCUAGCUAAUUGACCUACUUGAGCAACUCCUCAU